AUGUCUCGCGCGGGCGUUGCAUUUCGCCAAAAUGCAGACAUCAAACCGACAUCACCCGGCCAGGAACAAUGUCCCGUCUGUAAGACAACCCGCUACUUUAACCGCGACAUGGAGUUCCGCAUCAAUCCGGAAUGCUACCACCCCAUGUGCAAGACCUGCGUCGAGCGCAUCUUUAAAGACGGCCCCAACCAAUGUCCCACCGCAAACUGCCACAAAACACUACGUCUGCGCGGCUUCAAGACAGCGUUCUUCGCCGAUUUGGCUGUCGAGCGAGAGGUCGAUAUCAGGAGACGAGUCGCGGCGGUUUUCAACAGAACGGAAGAAGAGUUUGAGACAUUGGACGACUACAAUGAGUACCUUGAGAUGGUCGAAGACUUGACCAGCGAUCUUGUCUACGGAAACGAUGAAAAGAAGCGAAAGGCGGAGGCCAAAUUGUCCGAGUGGGAAGCUAAGCACAAAGCCGACAUCGAGCGCAACAGACGUCUAGCGCGUGAAUCAGACGAUGCCCGCCAACGCCGCAUCGCAGCAGAAGAAGAAGAAGCGCGCCGCCGCCGCCUACUCGAACGACAAGAAGAACUCGACGAAAAAGCCUCCGCGAAGCGUUUCCGCGAAGAAAUGCUCGAUUCCCUACAGAGUGCCGAGAUGGGCCGUGCGACCGAAGCGAUGGACAAGAUCAUGCUCAAGAAACGAGGCCAGAACAAGCGCGACGCCGCUUUUGGAGCUGCCGGGGCUGGAAGUGGUCUCUCGAUCCGUGGACUGCGCGAGAAGAAGGGUCCUGUGGUGGAUAACAAGCCCUACGAUCCAUACGGCGGUGUGAGCGUCAUGCCGCAGCGUGUCGACCUUGCGCCUGAGAAAUUGGCGACAUAUUCCAACGAGUGGGUCGAGAUUACACGGACAAAGGAAGCUUUCAAGGCUGGUGGCUAUAGCCCUGAUGAGUUCCUCACAAGAGCUUUGUUCGAAUGUUUCUCAGGAUUGGGAGUGUUUGUGGACGAAGAGAAGGUCGAGAAGACUGUUUCUACAGCGAGUGCCAAGGAGGCAGCUGCAACAGGAGAUACAGGGGGCAGAAUGGACGUUGAUGAUGGUUUUUAG